ACCGUGACGUCACGAAUGUAAACAUAAGUCCGGGGAAAUAGAUGUCAAAUUUUGGCUUUUUUCUUGGAAACUAUUUUAAAUUGUACUUUUACCACGAGUGAUAGCCUCGAAAACUAAAGUAGAGGCUGGUUAGAUCUACCAAAGACAAUGAGAUCAGCGCCACACACAGACAACAACGGUGACAACCCCCAUCCGUGACGUCACGAAUGUAAACAUUGGCCCAGGAAUAGACGUCGACUUUUGGCCCGGAAACCAUUUUAAAGUUGACUUUUGCCAGUUGCCGUUGAAUUCCGUGUCCGUGCCGUCUCGCGACAACGAGUUUUCACCAGCAGUGGGCCAUGUUUGCACCUGCUGGGAUGAGCGAUUCCUCCGAAGAGGACGAGUUCGAGCUGGAGAGUAGUGUCUGGGGACCCGAGCGGUAUACGAGGCCCAAGAGACCCCGCGAGGAGUUGAUUGACAUGACGCCUAUUUCGAAGCGAGACGAGUCUUCAAAUCCCACUGAUUCUGGAAUGUUCAACAGUGAUUCUGCCACACAGAGUCUUGGAUCCAUUAUGCAAACCAGUAUGCAAUCCAGUGGAAGCAGCCUUAAUGAAUUCGGAGACAGACCAGAUGCUUAUGUGAAUGGGUACUCGAACACACUUAAUCCUGGUUAUAGCAACGGAUACUUGAAAGCAUCGAGCCCUACGCCCUCAUGGGGUUCCCGUAAGAGCCGUAGUCCGGCACCCUCUCUUACUGGGUCAUGGCGACAACGACGAAUGCACGAAGGUUAUUCUCAACCCCUCGAUGAAUUUCGAAUGGCAGGAAUGCAGGGAAACUUGCCUGUUAUUAAGUCCUUAGUACAGCAAGGAAUUGCUGUGGAUCAGAUUUUAAAAAGUGGGUGGACCUGCCUGAUGUAUGCAUGCUCAUGCGCAAAGCCUCACAUUGUGCAGUAUCUCUUGCAACAGAAUGCUGACCCAAAUCUUCACAAAGAGCUGUUCACCGCUCUCAUGGCUGCGUGUGCUUCAAGUCGGGAAAGUGAAACUGACUUGUUGGAGUGUGUAGAGCUCCUGCUCAGCUACGGAGCACUGGUGAAUACUGCUGAACGACACAGGAUGACAGCGUUGAUGUUUGCAAGCAAGGAAGGCCGCGCCACCAUCGUUCAGAGAUUAAUCGAAGCUAAAGCUGAUGUCAACAAGCAGGACAAUAAAGGGUGGACUGCACUAUGUUGGGCAGCUACAAAAGGUCAUGGAAAAGUUGUUAGAAUUCUUUUGCAACAUUCGGCUGACCCAGUAAAAAUGAAUAACCAUGGGCAGCGGGCAUCAGAUAUUGCUCUUGCAGCAGGAUAUCCUGAGAUUGCAGACAUCCUUGAUCGUGUUAUUGACAAAGGAAAUGAUGCUAAAGACAGCCUUUCCAUCUUGGAUGCUUUGCCUGAUGCCACGUUGCCAAAGUCACCAAAUGGAAGCAAGGAUGCAAUAAUAUACGGAGAAUUGGAGAUGGUUCUGUGUGGUCUAGAACUGAAAGAUUUGAUUCCUUUGUUUCAUGAACACAAGGUGUCCUUUGAAUCAUUUCUUCGUUUUACUGAGAAAGACUUAGAAAAUAUGAAUAUUGAUGCUGUUGGAGUACGCAAGAAGAUCCUCCAUGCUAUCAAGGAAAUCCACAAAAAAGAUUGGCAAACAUCUAGUCUACCUGAUUUAACUCAGAGUACAAUGAUUACUGUUCCAGAAGCAGUGGCAAUGAUAGGCAACAUCAACAAGCACAUAAGGUACAUGCAUGCAUCGGUUGGAUAUUUACGGGACCAGAUACAAGCCAACCCACGUCUGCUUCAGCUGGGCCAGGAGGUUCAUUGUGUGUCAUCUUUGGCAUCCAAUUGCGGAGACUCUUUGAAAUAUACGCAAGGGUUAUUCGAGGAGCUGAAAUUCUUCAAAAAUUAUCUUGACAAAGUGUCAGGAAAUGCUGAAUACAGUCCUGCGGAUCUCAUAGUUGAUUGCACAGACAACGGGAGAGUUUGGCAAAGACGUAUAUUGGCUUCUUUAAUAGCAACCACUGCAGUUGCUACUGUUUUAUGGUAUUCAAGACCGAGGAUAUUUGCCAAAGUAUUUAAUAUUACAAUUAUGCCUGACGACAUAGUCACUCUCGAUGUUUAAAAUGCCCAGUCCACUGUAAAUAAGAAAUUAUUUAAUCAGUCCAGUACUUUAGUCAAAUAGAACUAGGGUAUUUUAGUAAUCAGUUUGAUCUAUAACAUUGUUAUAUAUAUUGUCCUAGAAGUAGCAGUCUGCAUUAUCAAAAUCAAUAGCUAAUAGUUUAUCUUGGGUAUGGCCAGUGAAUAAAUCAAAAGUAGAAAUAGCUGAUAGUCAUUCUGUAAAUUCAGGUUAGUGAUAGUCAUCACGCUGUACUCACUGAAAUUCUUACUUCCAUUUUUAUAUUGUCCUAUGCUUUAUUUGUAUCCCCAUGUAGUAGUCACUUAAAUUUGAUAAAAUAUUUAGUCCUUAUCUAGUCAGCCUGUGAUAUACGUAGUAGUAAUAAUAAUAAUAACAGUUAAUGCUUCAUUGAUUUAUGUAGUGGUUAAAGAAGAAAGUACUAUUUUUUUUGUAUUUGUAGUGAACUCAAAGUGGAAUUCUAGUUUGUCUGCUCAAGUUUAAACUCGAGUCAUACAACUCCUUAGAGUAAACCAAAAUUAUUUUACUCUCAGGAGUUUUUCAAGUUUUUCUAACCUUUAGCAAUAAUUCUUUUGACUAGUCCAGUUUGCUGUCAUGUGUAAUUUUUCAUGUGGUUAAUCAUACCUUUUUGGAUGAAGGGUUGUUACGGUAAUGUGGAAAUAUAAACAGCCUAAUUCUACAAUUGUAUUUACAAGAGAAAAGGCAUAUGGUUAUCUUUGAUGGUGUGGUAUAUUAUGAAAAGGUUUAUGUACAAUAAUAAAAAGGUUGAUGACAUAUUAGUUGAUUUCGAUGAUGUGCAUCUAGAGGGUGUAGCAAUGAUUUCAUGUCUGUGUAGCUUUCAAAGAAUUUCCUUUCAGCAAGGUUCUAGUUCUGAGAUUUUGUUUAUAGUAAUACUGGACAGUGCUGUAAUGGUCAUAUUCAAAUUAUUUUGUAAUUAUGUAUGCACUGACUAUGUUUAUUAUAGAUAUAAUUAAGUCUGAAAUUCCUUUACUACUAAAGGAAAUGGUUCAGAUAUUCAAAUUACAAGAAUACAUAAUUGUAAGCUGUACAAGCCAAGUUUUAGAAAACUUAAUAGUUCACAUGUAGUAUUCUAGAUUUACUCUUGUGAUAUUUUGAAUUUCAGUUUUAUAACUUAAAUUAGUGUAAGCUAUAAGGCAUUGUUGUUGUUACAUUAUUAUUUAUGAAUGUAUGAUUGCAAACAACUUAUUAACAUUAGAUGAUGUAGUGUUGCAAACCUGAGGGUGGUUUGGCCAGAACAAAUGUAAUUUUUGAGAGACGAGAAUGGUUAGGAUUGUAGAGGGCCACGUUUGUUAAGAGUAAUAUUUUCAUAAUGUCGUAGCAUCUUACCACAAAUAUAGCCAUUUUUACAUUGAUACAAAUUGAAGUCAGGCAUGUUCAUUUUGGUGCUACCCCGGAAGCACAAAUAGGUCGAUUUCAAUUUUUCUAUCGGUAUUGGUUACUUGGAGCAGAGUUUGAAGAAACUUCAUAUCAUACUACAUAAACAUACAGAUAGCUUCAUUAGCUUCCAUAGGCAUGCAUAGCUUACGUUUUUUUUGUUAGAACUUACUGUGAAAUUGCCUUUUAGUAGAAGUGCAGCCAGUAUGGUGUUGUCCAAAAUGAAGUUUAGCACAGUCCACACAAGGUGCACAUUUUUUCAGUGCUGUAUUGCCUUUACUCACAUGACCUUAAGCACCUAGGUGGCGUGAUUGGUAUGGUAUUAGCGUUCCACCUCGGUGGUCGCGGGUUCGAUUCUUGGCCAUUCCAUUGAGGAGUGAGAGAUGUGUAUUUCUGGUGAUAGAAGUUCACACUCUACGUGGUUCGGAAGUCACGUAAAGCCGUUGGUCCCGUUGCUGAAUAACCACUGGUUCCGUGCAACGUAAAAACACCUUACAAACUCACAUGACCUUUAUCUUAUUGAGGCAAUCCAGAUGGAAUCAGACCCAAGCUAGCAUUGCUAGCAGUUACCUUUGUUUUACGAGUUGGAAAAGUCAGUGGACUGUUCUAAGGUUAUUGGGCUUCAUUUACAUUAGUGAUCCUGUUUGUAGUGUUGAUGUAGAGGCAAAUGGAUCAGUACCUGUAUAUGAAAUUAGUCUCAGGGAUAUGGUAGCCUUCUUGUAUAUUCAUUGUAGUGAUUAAGUCUGUUAUAGCCAUGCCAAAUAGGAUUUGUUGUAUGGUAUAUAGGGUAAAGUGAUCAGACAUAUCAUUGUUCACAUAUUGGAUGUAGUGACAAGUGCGUGUUUGUUGAUUGUAGUGCUUUGCAUGUUGUUUCUUCUGCUCUAAUACUCACUGGAUAUUAGUCCUUAACUCAAGUGUAUAGUGCGAGGAUGCAGAAUUGUACAAUUAAUCCAAACCAUAACCCACAACAAGGAAUGCAUAAUUAACUACAAAAUAAAUAAAACCUGUUUUACCUGCGAUCAGAAAAUAAUCAGAACCAUGCCCCUAUUGAAGUAGUCCUCAUGCUCAUGUAUGCAAGGUGACAAAUUUUUGGAGUCAAUUUGGAAAAAUGGGAGAAGAUAUACUAAUUUAAGCAUGUAUGACAUAGCAUUAUAUAGAUGAAAGUUCUGUCUGUGCUGUUUCAAAAGAAACAUUAGUGAGAAAGUUUUAAAGUUUUAAAGUUUUGGGUUAGGUCAUAUCAUUGUAAGAAAACAUUCAGCUACAUAUUAAGGUUUCUUAGGCUCUACUAUAUUUCCAGUUGAAAGUUGCUGAAAACUGUACGUCUCAUAUAAAUUGUCCUUGGUAAUUGUUUCAAAUAUCUUGAUGUAAAGUUUUAAUCAAAUCAGUGCUGGUGGUCUGUCAAUCUAUGAUUUAUCAUAUCAGAAACAAUUAUGUUAAGCUUAGCCAAGAAGUUUCUUUUUGCCGCAUUCUAGUUUUUUCUGAAUGUUAUCACUUGUCGCCAGUCAUGAGGCCAACCUUCGGUAAAAUACUGGUAAAAAAGGACAUAUUUUGUAUAAUCUUUUUAUCAAAUUCAAAGUAGCUGAAUCAAGGUAUACUCUCGUCUGCUUUAAGGAAUAUGCAACCAUAGAAAAAUUGUGGACAGUAUUUAUCAUUUAAAGAAAUAGGAUUAUGUCCCAUAAAUACUUAGUGGUAACAUACUGUAGUGUACUAUCAUUUGUAGCUCUAUUCUCACUUGCAUGUUGUUGGGUUUUACUUUCGUAACUAUAGCUCUGAGAUAUCUCAUAUACUGUUGCCAAAUAUCACACAAAAAAUGUAGUUGUUUGUUUAGGAUAUUUAUGGGUACAAAUGGAAUUCAGGCUUCAAAACUAGUCACUGAGAUUUACAAGCCUUUCUGAAUAAUACUGUGAAGUGUAUGACUAGGUGAGGGAAUCUUCAACUUAUAAUUAUUUCUUUCUUCUCUUGAAGCAUUGGAGAAACUGUACAUAAGAUAAAAAUCCUGCUGUUGGGAAACUGGCAGAAUUCAUUUUGCAAGUGUUUUAUUUAAGGAAGAUGGUGGAAUUUAGAAAUUCGGUGACACGGUAUAAGCACAACCCGGUUUAUAUCCGUAUGGUAGAGAAUAUAUCAAUUUAAAAACUUAUUCCUUGAGAAAAUUCAUCCAGUUUGGCUGUCCAAAAUUGUAGUAGGUUUGAUGUACAGCAAGACAGGUUACUGAAUGGAAAUUACCAAGCAUUUUUGCAUAUCAUUCUGCUUUAUGGCCUUAGCAAACCAUAGGUUCCUUAGUUUCUGUAAUACAUAUUUUUUAAGAUAUAUGGCAUAAAAUUUUAUAUUAAUUGUUAUGAAGAUAAUUUCCUGCAAUUUAUUUUUUUGGCUGUUAGCUCUCAUUAAAAUAUUUUUUUCUA